ACACACACACACACACACACACACACUCUCUCUCUCUCUCUCUCUCUCUCUCUCUCUCUCUCUCUCUCUCUCGGGACCACAUUUCCCUUCCAACCAUUCGCACUAAAACCUGCAUUUCCAACCAACCAUUCCCGGGCCCCGAAUUCCAGACUGUCCAACCGGAUCUGGUGAUCUCGGUUACCCCACUGCAGGAAUCUCUCGCCUCCAAGACAGCCCUGGACAACACGUACCGCACCGCACCGCAUCGCACCACCAAAUUUCUUCCCUCGUCGCCUGAAAAAUAUCCGGCUGGGCUUUGUAGAAUUGAAUUCCCGCCCUCGUCGUCCUGUUGCUAGUCCGCUUUCGUUAACUAUUUGUCUUUGAUCAGGUUGCGUCUGCAAAAUAUCCCAUCCCGAGUUGUCAUCAUCCCUGCUGCUGGCAUCUUCUUUUUGCUCUCCUAGAUAGACAACGUGCAGCCCUUCCUCCAAAAAAGAAAACCGUCGAAAAAGUCGUUUCUUAAAGGGAAGAAUAAAAACAUACAAAGGGAAGAAGAAAGAAGUUGAUGUACUAUCCGUCAUAUUUUCUUUCUUUACCUUUGUUUUUCAUCGACUUCUGUCUGCUCCGCUGCCCAGUUAGUGUCUGAGCUUGUCCUUGCAGCCCCUCCACUUCUUCGACUAUUCCCUCAAGACUUCGAUGGAGCACUUGACUGUCUCAGUGGAUUCCCUCUCAGAGCUGAAAUUCAGAGCCACUGUGUACAGGUGAAACAAAUUCGCCUAGCCCCGUGUCAAGUUUUGCCCUUCUUUCCUGUCAUUAAUUAAUUACGUCAUAUUUUUCUUCCUUUUUUUUAAAAAAAAUUUCCAUUCACUCCUUUCGGCCUGGCGAUACCCAAAUCGACAUUAUCUUGAAUAACAAAAAAGAAACGAAAAGAAAAGAAGAGAGAAGAGAAGACACAACAAGUGGGGUGGAGGAAGAAUAAAGGGAAAAAAAACGGAGUCGACCUAUAUAUAUAUAUAUAUAUAUUUAAUACGGCAUUUUUGGAGUUCUCAAGGAAACGAAUUAGUAGUUUCGCGCUAGUCCGAAGUGUUUGUUGGCAAAUCCAAGUUGUUGCAACACCAGGGAUAAAAAGAGAGAACAGCGUUGCCACGCAGCUGUCUUGGUCGAGAACGAUUCGACGGUUCGUCGAGAGUCCCAGUCUGGGUCAACAUUCAUCGAGCCAACGGGACCCUCCCGAGCGAACCAUACCUGCAAGCCCCACCAAACCUCGACAGUCGAGUCAUGGCUUCCAGGAAUUCUCAGCAAUCGUACGCUGCCUUCUUCGAAGAUUUUGAUGAGGAUGCCAACGUUACCAUUCCAGAGACUCGCACCGUUGCCAACGCUUCUGUCAAAAGAUCGAAGGCCGAUAUUCAACAGUCAGGCACUAGUACUGACGGUGCGAGCGACUCGGGAUACUCCAGCCGAACAGCAGCCACUGUUGGCAGUGCUGAUUCACUCCCCACGGGGAAGAAAACUCCUCCUUUUAUUCAGCUGGACACUGUCAUCGCCAAUAGGGAUAUCGAACGCGUGAGAGGCCGUCCCGACGACAGAGAAAGAGAGAAAUCAAAAUCCAGGGGGAAGGAUAGGGAAUCAAGAGAAACCCAUCACUCCUCUUCUUCUAGCGGAGCAACGAUGCACACAAUAACAGGUGUGCACAGAAGCUCCAGCAGACCUGCUCCCAAGCGGUCCUCGUCCAAGGCAAGAAAAUGGGAAUCCACCCAUGGACGCCAUGCCCCCGAUACCUGCCUGGAUUGUGACCAAUAUGGAUACCACCAUAUGCCUAUGGGGCCCCCUCCUCUUCCCGACCCUCAUCCGGCCGAUUACGGUUCCUAUAUGCAUCCCCAAUCUCAUGGCUACGACAUUCCCUCAUCUCCUCAUCCUCAGUCAUACCAUUAUCCACCUAUCGUUAGUCAGGAAAUCGUAUCAUCUCGUCGCGACCGUUCGAAUUCUUAUCACCAGAGUCGGCCCAUGAGUUUCCACUCAGGGACUAUGCCAGACAUGAAUAUGUACAUGCAUAUGGUUCCUCAAACCCCUGCCUACGAACAACAUGGGCCCCCAAUAUCCGCAUCCGCAUACGCCCACUAUAUGCAGCCGUAUAUGUCCAACGGACCUGUUGCCCCUCCCCUCCCGUCUCAUAUGGCAUAUGAGUCCGCCCCACCACCUAAUUUCGAACGACCACGAGCCGCGUCCACCUCCCGAUCGCCUGAAAAACCAACUGGCAGACGGGCUUCAAUGUACGGGACACCAGUGGUAGAAUACCCACAUUCACCCUCCACCCAUCGUAGCGAAGAUCUACACCGACAGCCUUCUUCUCGGGAAGUUCGUGCCCGCCGCGAGUCAGUGUCUCAACCGUCGACAUACGACCCUGAUGAAGAUUUCUACCGCAUGCCACCACCCCCAGUCCCCAAGAGCAAACCCCCUCCCCAAGUCAUCAUCCCCCCUCGUCGACCAUCUGCCCGCAAAGCGGCCACUGCAACAUCUACCCCAACCACGUCACGGCGCCCAGAGGGCAUCGAUAUGGAUGACCUUCGCGCAGCCCUACCUCCAAGCCGACUAGGCAGAAAGAAGUCCAGAGACGCCGUCCUAUCCGAGCGACGACCCAGUGCACCCGGCAAAGCAGGCAUCAGAACCACCUCUUACCACGACCCCGGACGAGCUGCCAGGAUUUCAAUCGAACACAGUCGCCGCCGCUCAUCAGUCUAUGGCCUAGAACAGCCCAAGGACUUCGACCAAAAGCAACGUGAGGCAGAAGAAUACCAAUCCUCCCGAACCUCCCGCGCCACCCCGCUCACACUAGACACCCUCGUGAAAUCCCGACGCAGCCACCGCGCCGACAGCGACAGCGGCAGCCUCCGCACCCGCACAGACAGCAGCCGUGGCAGCGACGUCAAGACCAAGAGUGGCAUCAGUCGGCCCGAGGACGAUGAGAUCACAGUGAUGAUUGGCGGGCUCAGGAUCGGGGUUCCCAAAGACAACAUUGAUCGGCAGGUCAUCAAUUUACGAUCUGGCGAGGAAGGGUCUUUGGAGGUGAAUAUCGAAGGGCGGAGACCAAAGCGGUAUUUCCUCUCGCGCUCGGAGUCACUUAGUGGUUCGCGGAGAGAUAUUGAGGAGAGUAGACGCCUUCGCCAGGAUUCGUCUUCUGAUCGGGCGAGUAGGCGCUCGAGCCGCUCUGGGUACAGUGGAAGAGGCCUGUUGGAGUCGUAAGCCCUGCCUGGGCUGCAUAUAUGCUUUACAGCAAAACGAUUACUACCUGCUGUUUUUACCUUUUUGCCGGUUUUAAUGGUUUUUCUUGAUUUUCAAAAAACGCAUUGAAAAAAAAGCUUAGGGUUUAAUGCUAUAUUUUAUCGCAUUUCCAAAUACUUUUUUACUUUUCCUUCUCGCGCGGGGGGGGGGGAAUUUACCGCGUUUGCAAAAAAAAAAAUACAAAAAGCGAAAAAGAAGGAAAGGGAAAUCACUUUUGGAAAAAGACAAAAAUGGGAGGCCGGGUCGGUUUUUUGGAAAAACCAACAAAAGUUUUUUGUUUUUUACGGGAAAAAAAUAUUUGUUAUGUCUAACGUGCUCUCUUCUUUUUCUUUUGCUUCUCUUUCUAUUGCUAUAUAUCCCCCUUUUUUGAUUUGAAAGCAAGCGAUGAUGUCACGAAAAAAAUCAUGUACCUGAAAACUCCCCUUUUGUUAUGUCUUCAUUCUUAACUUUGAUCAUGCUUACUUUCUGCAGUUCUGGUUAUUUCCUCUCCAAUCAUCGCCUUCAUUUAUCACUGAUGCUUUUCUUGUGUUAUUCAUCUUUUUCUUUUUCACUUCAUCCUUCACACCUGCGCUCUAUUUUAUCCUUUUUCUUUUUCUGGAUUCUUAUCAUUUUCUCACGAUUUGGGCGAUUUAUUUUGAUAUUUUGCAUUUCUUUUGCAUAUGUGCAUGAUUGGAACUUUUGUUUUUGAUUUAUUGCCCACCCCACCCCCGCCUUACUACCCCUAUUUACACCUACCUACGUAGGCUACGUGCGAUUCACUCAAUCCCUACUCAGCUUCUCUCCCUCUUCCACCUCUAUCUACUUCCCUAUCCGAUCCCCUAAAAAAUGUCCCGUUACCCCUUUUUUGUUGCCCAUCGCAUCUUUACUCCCUACUCCCCAUCUUUCUUUUGAUUUUUUAUUAAUUUAUUUAUGUUGCUGUGUACUCUCAUUUGUCUGAGCGCUGGCGGAGGUUUGAAUCAUGUUAAUUAAUGAUCUGUACGAUUUUCAACGAUUUGGUUUUUUUCAUUUUUCAUUUUUCAUUUUUCAUUUUUUGUUUGUUUUGGUUUUUUACAAUGAAUGGCGAUUUAUUAUUAUUUAUUACUAUUAUUUUCUGGCUUCCGUUUUUCUUCCCCUCUUGUCAUCAUCUUCACUUUUUAAUCAUUAACGCCCAACUACUCUCAUAUAUAAUAAGCGUUCCUUUUUCCCUCUUCUUGUUUUAUCCAUUUCAUUUCAUCCCUUGCUCUUAUUCAUUGUUUGACUCUAGCAAAUUUGCUUGCUAUACUUUUCAUACAAUCCUAUUAUUCUCUGCUAAAUCUUUUCUUUCUUUCUUUCUUUCUUUCUUUUUUUUUUUUUUUUUUUUUUUUUUUUUUUUUUUUUUAACUCUCAAGCUUCUUUUCGUCCGAUUUCUGAUUUCCGAUUUCCAAUUGCCAAGUUCCAUUUUCCCCCCUUCCCCUGCGAGCGCCGUUAUUAUUCUUGCUUCCUAUUAUUCUUCUCCUUGUUUCUUGUUUACAUUUCCUAAUGAGCGGGUUUAAGCGUCCGGAUGGCUAGGAGGGGUGAAGAGGGUUUUACAAACCUCCCUCCUGUCCCCCUCUCCCACAUCAAUCCCCAUUUGAUUCGAGCAAGCAGUGCUCCAAAUUCUUACUACCCCGCGGCUUACGCUCCUUGCUCAGUCUUUUAUUUGCAGCUGGAUAUUUUGUCCCCCUUUUAUAUUCAUUAUGUUCUAUACCCCCUUUUUGUUUUUUUUCCCUUUUCUUUUUCAUAUUUUUCACCCCUGUUGCUUCUACCCCUUAAUUUGUUCAUUUUCUUUAUAUUCUUUUCUUAGUGAAUUUCUGUAUAAUGUAGGGUAGUCUCAAUUUAUUAUUACUUUUCUUUCACUGUUUUUCAUGAAAACUGCUUCUCUUCAAACUUUAUAGAAAUUCUCUUAACUACAUUUUUUCCAA